AUGCGCGCCGAGGUCAUCAGACUGCAACGCAAUCUUGGGACCACGACCGUCUACGUGACCCAUGACCAGGUGGAAGCGAUGACCAUGGGCUCACGCGUCGCGGUCCUGCGCGAUGGCCUCCUCCAGCAGGUGGACAGACCUCAGGUGCUCUAUGACCAUCCUGACAACGUGUUUGUCGCAGCCUUCAUCGGUUCGCCCUCGAUGAACCUCUAUCAGGGUCGAAUAGAGGGAACCGCCACAGCCGCUCGCGUCAUCUUCGGCGCCCAUUCAUUUUCGCUGCCAGACCAAGGGACGGAAGGUGACGAGUUCUCCGGUAGCGACGGGCAGGAAGUGAUCGUGGGGAUUCGACCCGAGUGGCUGGUCGAGCAGACCCCUGACAACGCCGACUGGCCAUCGGUUCGGGCACGGGUCGAACUGCUCGAAGCGCUCGGAUCGGAGCUCGUUGCCCACACGACCAUCGAGGCGGCCGCCGCCGAGAUCGACACGCCCGAACUCGCCGAGGCAUCGGUUGGCGACUCCCGUGACGGCGCCCCGUGCCUGGCCCGCCUGUCUCCCCGCAGCCAGGUAGCCGUCGGCGACACCAUCGACCUUGCCAUCAACACGCCGAGCGUGCACCUGUUCGACGCCCUCAGCGACGUUGUGAUCGGCGUGGACGUAGGCGGGACGAAGACACACGCGGCAGCCUUUGAUCGGCACUUCAACGUCAUCACCGACCUAACGGUGCCGACACUGGCCGGGGGAGUGGAACAGGUCGGGGCGGGCAUCAUCUCCACGGUCGCCGCACUGCAGUCCAACGGGCAGCAGCUCAAGGGUGUCGGGAUCGGUCUUCCCGGAAUCGUGGACAGCUCAGCCGGCUUGGUCCGGCACGCGAUCAACCUCGGGAUCGGCGACGACGCCCUCGACAUCGUGUCCCGGCUCAACGCCACCCUCGGAGUUCCCUGCUGGAUCGCCAACGACGUCAACGCGGCCGCCCUGGGCGUCUACGAGAUCCUCCGUCGUGACCAUCGCGGCCUCCGUGACCUCGUAUAUCUCAGCAUCGGCACGGGCAUCGCGGCCGGCGUCAUCCUCGAUGGCCGCAUCUACCGAGGCCAUAACGGCUUCGCCGGUGACAUCGGCCACUUCUGCAUCGAUCCCGACGGACCGCGAUGCGUAUGCGGGCUGCAGGGCUGUCUCGAGGCGGUGGCGUCGGGGACGGCCCUCUCCCGCCAAUGGCCCGCGGCGGGCCCGCACUCAUCGGUGGAGGCGCUAUUCGCCGCCGCCGACCGCGGCGACGACGAAGCGACGCUCAUCCUGGGCCGGGCCGUCGAGCACCUGACCCGCGCCGUCCAUAUUCUUGCCCUGACCUUCGACGUCGACCGCAUCGUGAUCGGCGGUGGCGUCGCCGACGUCGGCGCCUCGCUGCUAAUGGACUUCCUCGAACAAGGUCUGAACCGCCUCCAGAGUCGAUCUCCUUUCACGCGGGCCCUCAAUCUCUGUGAUCGAAUCAUGCUCAAGCCUCCCGAACCGGUCGGUGUCAUCGGAGCAGCCGCUCUGGCCCGCCGGAGCCCGUCGGGGUGA